AUGGUUUCAUCUACCUCUGCAUCCUCUUCUUCUUCUUUUUAUCAUGCUUCGUUACCUGCGAGAAGUCUCUUCUCAUCAACUCGUCAUCAACUCGGUAGAGGGUUGGCAAUGGGAUUGACGUCCCAAGAAAAGAUAAAGAGUAGUAGAAGAGAUAAUAAUAAUGGAGAAUCGGUGAUGAUGAAUCGGAGGAGAGUGUUAAUACGAAUGGGAGUUGGAUCGUCACCACCUACGUGUAGAUCUAGAUGCGGAAGGUGUAGCCCAUGUAAGGCAGUUCACGUAGCUAUACAACCAGGUCGAAGUGUAAUACUUGAAUAUUAUCCUGAAGCUUGGAGAUGCAAAUGUGGGAAUAAACUCUUUAUGCCUUGA